AUGCCUCCCCGAAAGCAGUGGAUUGAUAAGAAGAAUGCCACCACAUACCAGCUCUUUCACCGAUCUCAGAAUGACCCUUUGAUUCACGAUCCCGCAGCGGACGAUCGAGUUCUGCAUCCCGUCUACGGUCCUCCUAUCCCUGCUGCCCAGUCAUCAGACCGCUCCAAGAAAUUGUCCGACCUAGCCAGCGAAUUUGGUUCGAACUCGGUCCGGAAAAAUGAGGGCGAGGCUGCGAAUUAUGGCAUCUAUUACGACGACAGCAAGUAUGAUUACAUGCAGCAUCUGCGCGAGCUGGGUACCGGAGGCGGAGAAUCGUACUUCGUGGAGGCCGCAAGCAAAGGAAAAGCCAAGGCGAAGGGGCUGAAACUCGAAGAUGCAUUGAAGGAGCAGUUGACACUUGACGAUGAGAGGAGCGAGUUCGGAGCCGGCAGUGUCUAUGGAUCCGAGUACAGCGAUAUGCGCUCAACCGCCUCGUCAUAUGUCCGACGGCCAACAUACCAAGACCAGCAAAAUGUGCCGGAUGCCAUUGCAGGCUUCCAGCCGAACAUGGAUCCUCGUCUUCGCGAGGUGCUCGAGGCGCUUGAAGACGAGGAGUAUGUGGAUGGAGACGAUGAAGAGGACGUCUUUGGAAAGCUGACUUCCAACGCGGAGGAGAUCGACUCGGGGGAGUGGGAAGACACGUUGUUUGACGAGGACAACGAAGAUGACGGGUGGGAGUCCGAUGCCACUGAGAAAGCACCCGUGCAAAUGGACACUACCGACGCCAAAGCGAAGCAUGAAGCCAUCCCACCCAAACAAUCAGAGCCAACGGAACCCGGAGAGCUGCCUAGCCAUGACGCGCCCGCUCCAGAUAUGGACCCCGAAGACCAGGGAUGGAUGCGCGAGUUCGCCAAGUUCAAGAAGGACGGCAAGGUGACGGCCACGCCGGCUACCCCCGCCAGUGUUGUUCCCUCAGAGCAGCGCAGCACCCUUGCCUCCACCAUUUUCACCAUGGGUGGCACGCCCAUCCGCAAGAAGAAGCGCAAGGGUGCUCUCACCAACCCUUCAGCGUACUCGAUGACGUCCUCGGCUCUGGCCCGUACAGAGGGUCACCGACUCCUCGACGACCGGUUCGACAGAGUCGAGGCUCUGUACGCUCUCGACGAGGAAGGUGAGGAGUAUGAUGAUAGUAUGUCCAUGGUCAGUGGCAUGACCGGUAUGACCGGUAUGACCGGCAUGACUGGUAUGACAGGUAUCUCGACCGCCUCCUCGCAAGCACCCAGCCUCAUUGACGCGAACGGGCGCGAGGUCGCCCCCCGACACAACUUCAAUGAGGUCAUGGACGAUUUCCUCGCCGGCUGGGACGACAAGACGAGCGCCCAGGCAAAGCGUAAGGGCGCCAAGGCUAAGAGAGGCAAGAAUGGAAACGAAGCUAUUGGAAUCAGAAUGCUGGAUGAGAUCCGGCAGGGGCUUGGCCCAGCGAGGGUACCCGGGAAGGUUCCUGGCAGGGUGUGA